CUCCCUCACAAAUCGAACGCAUUUCUUUCCAGAAGCAAGAUGCCUCCGCGCGCCCUCACACGUCAGUCUUUGCCAUUGUUGUAAGAAUGCCAGCCAAGGACGGCAGCUGCGCUGCGUAGGAGGAGCUAGCGGCGUGUUUCCGCUAAAGAACAGGCCGAGGCAGCGAUCUAUGCAGCCCUACUGCUAGCUACCAGCAGCCGGACAGUUAGGAGCUAACACAGGAAAUUGCUUAACUACAGUUUACUACGCCUUUAUUACCGGGAAGCCGCGGUUUUACCUUUCGGGUUUGGGAACAAGAACGGGCGGCAGCGAUGGAAGCCGAGUUUUGGGAAAUCGACGAAAAUGGGACUUGGAACUCCGUAUAUGAGGACAUUCGCCAGCAAUCUUGUGAAUUACCAUGCAAGGUUGCCAAAUUUCCCGAAAACAAAACUCGGAACCGUUACCGGGACGUCAGCCCCUUUGACCACAGCAGAAUCUGCCUGCAGCUGGGUCCAAACGACUACAUUAACGCCAGCCUAAUAACUGCAGAAGAAGCGCAGAGGAAAUAUAUUCUUACUCAGGGACCCCUUCCAAGUACAUGUGGUCAUUUCUGGGAGAUGGUUUGGGAGCAGAGGACCCGCGGAGUCGUGAUGCUGAACCGGGUCAUAGAGAAAGGCUCUAUCAAAUGUGCCCAAUAUUGGCCUCAAAGAGAGGAGAAAGACGUCAUCUUUGAAGACACCAACUUCAAGGUCACUCUCGUCUCAGAGGACAUCAAAUCGUACUACACAGUCCGACAGCUGGAGCUGGAAAAUCUGUCUACUCAGGAGACGCGUGAAAUUUUACAUUUUCACUACACGACCUGGCCUGACUUUGGGGUCCCAGAGUCUCCAGCCUCCUUCCUCAACUUCCUCUUCAAGGUGCGCGAGUCGGGCUGUCUGAAUGCGGAGCACGGGCCGGUGGUGGUCCACUGCAGCGCUGGGAUCGGACGCUCCGGGACCUUCUGUCUCGUGGACACCUGCCUCCUUUUGAUGUCUCUCCGUAAAGACCCGUCUUCGGUGCGGAUCCGUGAAGUGCUGCUGGAGAUGCGUCGUUAUCGAAUGGGCUUGAUACAAACGCCAGACCAGCUUCGCUUCUCCUACCUCGCCGUGAUUGAAGGUGCCAAGUACAUCAAAGGAGACACUUCUCUCCAGGAGUCGUGGAAAGAGCUGUCGAAUGAGGAAGACGACCCUCCUGAGUUCACCCCGCCGCCUCCUCUUCCUCCUCCCAGAGACCCUCACAACGGCCGAGUGCAGCCAUGUUUUUUCCCAGAUGACGUAGAAUUCAUCCAGCGUGUGGAAACUUCCCAACUGAGAUCUACAGCAGACACAGAGCUGAGGAACAGAAACCCGGCCGCCCCGGAGCCGCCUCCGGACAGACGGGACGGGCCUGUGGGAAUCGAAGACCUGACCUCCGGCGCUCCAAGGAAAACCCAGCAGGGGGCGGCGGCCGAGGACGGGACGGAGGGAGCAGAGCGGGAGAAGGGAACCUGUCCUGCGCCGGGCGCUUGGUCCCCUCUGACGGCCCACGUGUGCCUGGGCACGGCACUGGCCCUCAGCGCUUACGUCUGCUAUCGCGUCUAUUUCCACUGAUGUCUGUCCUUCCUCCUUCCUGUCGUCUUUUUUCUUUUGUUCCAUGAUGUGGACUCGGCUGGCCGGUCAGCCUGCGUCAACGCGGUUCGCCUGUGAUCAUGUUGUAAACGGUCGGCUGCCUCUCUUUACCCAAAACCCUCUUUGUGUGUACGCCAUCUCCAACGCUCAGGGCCUCGCUUUUUCAGGUGCCACAUCAUAAAUAAACGUGUGUGUGUGUGUGUGGGGGGGGGGGGGGGGGGCUGUGAGUGUGUGCGUUCGCCGACCCAAACGCAGACGCAACGUAAAACAGACGUCAGUCUGCUAAGGCGACAGGGUUUGCAUUGAGCACCUCUGCCUAAUUUACACGCUUCUUCUUUCUUAUUUACCAAAAUGACACCUUUGAAUGUUUUUCCAUUUUUAUCCUAAACACGUUUAGUAACAGACUGAUAAUGAUUUUGAUCAAGCUGGACUGAAAACAUGUCACUGAGGGAGAAGCUUUGUUCACACAGAGUUUAUGAAUGAAAGUGUGGAUUUUGAAUGAUCUCUGCACACUAGUUAUGCUUUUUGUAUUCCUUUGUACGACGGGGUAUUAAGGUCACUCUUGGAAGAUAAUUUAGAAAUUGCUAAGGCUAAAGUCAUAAAAUUACGAGAAUAAAGUCAUGACAUUAUGACUUUUUCUUUUAAUAUUACAACUUUAUUUUUGCAAUAUUAUGACGUUCUCAAAAUAUUACGACUUUAUUAUCGCAACAUGACUUUACUCUUGUAAUUUGAUUUUUUCUUAGUAUGGCCCUAAUAUUUGUACAUCUGUGAAUCUAUUCAGUGAAAAAUAUAGAUAGUUCCCACAUGAUGUCACACUUCCUAGGCAGCUUCAACACUUUAUCAAUUAUGCGUAAGUGAUGUAAACGAUGUUUGGAUAUUAUUACAUUUAAGGUUGUAAACACAAAUGUGAUAAAACAGUAAAGAAGUUUUCAUUACAUCCUGUAAAGGUGAGCAAACUUUGCUACUCCUGGUGCGUUCCAGUUACCUGAGAAAAGGCUAAGAAGUUAAGAAGUCUGUAUUUUAACAUGGCGUCGCCCAUAAACAUUGUUUGCAAAAACUUGCAAACAUAAAUUUAAGCUUUACUUCCCAAAAGUAAAACUGAAGGUUUUUCCAAAUGGGAAGUCGAACUAGUGGCUGGUUAAUGUCCAGAGGAAACACAAUCCAUAUAAUACAACACGUAUUUGAUCUAAUUUAAGCAUCGGUAAUUCUGUGUACUAGUCGCCUACCAAGAUGGCGCAUUCCGGGGAAACUUACGUCCGGUCUGGUCUUGUGGGAACUAUCUAUUAAUGCAACAUUUACAGUAAGUACUAGAUGCAUUUUUUUGGGGGGUGACGUGUCUCCAGUUUCCAGGCAGAAUCAUGUUUUGUUUUUUUUUAUUUCAUUUUUAUCCUGAGAUGGAUCACAACACAUGGCUCUACAUACUAUCCGUAGUAAAAACCUCACCUGAAGGUACCCGACAUGCCUUGUAAAGCAAGCGAAAGGUCAGAGUAGCUCACACCCAACUUGCCAGCAAUAAAAAAAGGGCGUGUGGUGUCCUUUCACGUAAAUAAAAAUAUCAUUAAGGCGUUCGUUCAUCUCAGUAAUUCAGUUCAAAAAGCCAAACUGGUGUGAUGUAAGAUGAGCCUGUGGCUCUGCCAGGGUUUUAAAGAAAAUACUUUAACAUCCAGAUUUUGUUCUUCUUGAUUGUGUGUUGAGGCUUUGAUUGUGUGAAUUUAUCAUCGGGCUCUAAAAAGUCUUCAAAGAUUUCUGCUCUGACUUUAAUCUUGCUUGCGCACAUUUUUCUACCACUCGUUUUCCUUCCACCUAACUUUCCAACUUAACCACGUGCCAAUGACUUUGCAUGACAGGAGUCGUCUCUGAUUGUGCAGCUUGAACCUGAGUUUUGGGGGUGUUACAAGUGAUGCACAGAGGCAAAAAUUUCGGACGAUAUCUACAUCCGAUACUAAUCUUGCUGAUAUACAGUAUUUACUGAUAUUAUAAAUAUUUCUGUACCGUUUUGACAGAAAUAAAUCCCAACAAGAUGAAAGCAAAUAUUGGUUGUUAAUACCGGCCUGGUUUUAUUUAUCGGACAGACAGAUAUGUUAUAAAAUGACUAAAAUUGGCCAACACCGAUAUAUCGUGCAUCACUAGUUUUACCAGUUUGUCAUGAAAGUUAAUCGAAUUAAUGCUUUAUAUUUAUCACUUUGUGAACUGAAUUACUGAGCUAAAUUAACUUUUCAGUGAUAUUUUAGUUUGUAGAGAGGUAUGUGUAGGUCUCUGAGGUUGAGCGUGGGACCAGGGAUUUUAAAACUAACCAAAAAAGAAAAAAAAGAAUCAAACACCAGCAAAGAGAUGAAAACGAUGCACUGUUCUGAUUUUUCAUCGUGUCAUGGUGUGAGCCUGAGCUGGCCGUGUCCCUCUGUAUGAUUGUUAUUUCUUUUUUUGUUUUUUUAAAGCAUGCUGCGUUUGUGAAUCGGCAGAUUUGUCCAAAUAAGAGAUUAGUUAAGCUGCUACCAUUCGUUUACCUUUGGGACAAGACAGAGUUCAGUACUUUGUCCGACAGCUGUACUUUUCCUUAGAAUGUAUGAGCGUCCUGGCUGCAGGACACACCCUUAUUAAAUUUAUAUAUAAGCAUAUAUAUAUAUUUCAGAUCAGGUUUUAAGUGUGCCGAGUUCUUUUCCUGCUUUAACGGAUUAAAACCUCAGCACCUGUGCAGUAAUUGCACCACGUUUUCCCAUUUUCUAUACGUAUGCUGAGCUUAGAAACGUAUUUUUUUAUUUACAUUUGUUGUUUUCAUUUUUAAUAAAGAAAACAAAGGAAAAAAA